AUGGCGGAGCAAACGAAGAAGCGAUACAUUACAAACGAGGAUCUGAAAAAGCACAACCAACCCGGAGAUAUAUGGAUCUCGAUUCAAGGCAAAGUCUACGACGUUUCCCACUGGGUUAAAUCUCAUCCCGGAGGCGAAGAAGCGAUCAUCAACCUCGCCGGUCAAGACGUCACCGACGCCUUCAUCGCUUACCACCCCGGAACCGCAUGGCACCACCUCGAGAAGCUCCAUAACGGUUACCACGUGAAGGACCACCACGUGUCCGAAGUGUCACGUGACUACCGGCGAUUAGCCGCUGAGUUAUCGAAACGCGGACUCUUCGACAAAAAAGAACACGUGACUCUCUACACCCUCACGUGCGUCGGAGUCAUGCUCGCAGCGGUCUUCUACGGCGUCGUUGCGUGCACCAGCGUCUGGGCCCACUUAAUCUCCGCCGUAUUCCUCGGUCUCCUCUGGAUCCAGAGCGCUUACGUCGGCCACGACUCCGGCCACUACAACGUCGCAACCAACAAACCGUGUAACAAAAUCAUCCAGCUUCUCUCCGGCAACUGCCUCACCGGAAUCUCAAUCGCGUGGUGGAAAUGGACGCACAACGCUCACCACAUCGCCUGUAACAGCCUCGAUCACGAUCCAGAUCUCCAACACAUCCCAGUCUUCGCCGUCUCCGCCAAAUUCUUCAAAUCGAUGACGUCACGCUUCUACGGCCGGAAACUGACAUUCGAUCCUCUGGCUCGAUUCUUAGUCAGCUACCAACACUGGUCGUUUUAUCCGGUGAUGUGCGUCGGAAGAAUCAAUCUCUUCAUCCAAACAUUCCUAUUGCUGUUCUCUAACCGUCACGUCCCCGAUCGAGCCUUGAACAUCGCCGGAAUUCUCGUUUUCUGGACAUGGUUCCCUCUGCUGGUAUCAUUUCUACCAAAUUGGCAAGAGAGGGUCGUUUUCGUGUUCGUGAGCUUCGCCGUCACGGCGAUUCAACACGUCCAAUUCUGUCUAAACCAUUUCGCGGCCGACGUUUACACCGGUCCGCCAAACGGAAACGAUUGGUUCGAGAAGCAAACCGCCGGUACGCUUGACAUAUCGUGCAGAUCGCAUAUGGAUUGGUUCUUCGGUGGGUUGCAGUUUCAGCUGGAGCAUCAUCUGUUCCCUCGGCUGCCGCGUUGCCAUCUCCGGGGAGUUUCGCCGGUAGUUCAGGAGCUUUGUAAGAAGCAUAAUCUCCCGUACAGGAGUCUUUCGUGGUGGGAGGCUAAUGUGUGGACGAUUAGGACUUUGAGGAAUGCGGCGAUGCAAGCUAGAGAUUUGACUAAUCCUGUUGUGAAGAAUUUGCUUUGGGAAGCUGUGAACACUCAUGGCUAA